AGCCGAACAUAUAUAAAAGUCGGCUAAUUUGACUCUGUUAUGCACUCGUCGUUGCUCCCUAAAUUAUUUAAUUCCGCACAAAAACUACCCUUUUUUACUCUCCCACUUCUCCCACUUCUUCUGCACUUCAAAACUGCCCAGAAAUCGCCAAAUCUUCAAUUAAUUUCCCCCUUUUCUUCGAUUUUCGAGGACAACAAAAAUCAGUCGGAAGAAAAAUUUGUGGGAUUUGAGGAGAUGGGUGGUUCUAAGGAUGGGUCAGUUGAAGAUGAACAACAUAAGGGUAACUCUAAUUCUAUUGAUGUCAAUGAUUAUGUUGUUGUUAAAGAAGGAGAGGCUGAGAUUCUUAUGCAUAAGGGUAAUCAAGUGUUCUUUAAUAAAACCCAGGUUAACAAUAGGGACAUAUCUAUUGCAGUCCUGAGAACAUAUAUAGACAAACGUAAACAAGAGCAUGAAGCAUAUCUGUCAAAGAAGGCAAAGGGGGCACCUAAAAGAUCUGAAGAAAAAACUGAUGCCCCAGCUUCUGAAAAUGGACCAGUAGAAUCAAAGGAUGAUUCCCAUACAUCUAAUGGAGUUCAUGAUAAUAAUGUUGCUACUGAUGGAAAGCCUGAGGAUGCUUCUUGUGGAACUGUAGCAGAACCCAGCAAAACCGUGGUAGGCAAGUUUCAGCGGGAACUAAAGCCACCAAGAGUUCUUGAGGCUUUGUCUGCCUCUGGUUUAAGAGCUCUUAGGUAUGCUCGGGAAGUUGAGGGACUUGGUCAAAUUGUUGCCCUGGACAAUGAUAAAGCUUCUGUUGAAGCAUGCCAGAGAAAUAUAAAAUUUAAUGGUUCAGUGGCAAGUUCAAAGGUGGAAUCUAACUUUGCUGAUGCUCGGGUUUAUAUGCUUACUCAUCCUAAAGAAUUUGAAGUGGUUGAUCUUGAUCCUUAUGGUUCGCCAUCUGUGUUCUUGGACUCUGCUAUUCAGUCUGUUGUUGAUGGAGGCAUGCUAAUGUGCACAGCCACAGAUAUGGCAGUAUUGUGUGGGGGUAAUGCAGAGGUUUGCUAUUCAAAGUAUAAUUCAAUUCCAUUGAAAGCUAAGUACUGUCAUGAAAUGGCUUUGAGGAUUUUGCUGGCUAGCAUUGAGAGCCAUGCAAACCGGUAUAAACGCUACAUUGUUCCCAUACUCUCUGUACGGAUGGAUUUUUACAUUCGAGUAUUUGUUCGCAUAUACAGUUCUGCAAGCAUUAUGAAGGAGACUCCUCUUAAACUAUCAUAUGUUUACCAGUGUGUUGGAUGUGAUUCAUUCCAUUUACAGCCUCUGGGGAGAUCUGUUUCCAAGAACCACAAUAUGAAAUACUAUCCUGGCUAUGGUCCUGUAGUCCCACAAGAAUGCUCUGAUUGUGGUAAGAGAUUUAACAUGGGCGGGCCUAUUUGGUCAGCUCCUAUACAUGAUCAAGAGUGGGUGACCUCUAUACUAUCAGAUGUGAAAGCUAUGAAGGAUCGUUAUCCUGCUUAUGAUAAAAUCGUUGCAGUCCUGACAACUGUUUCAGAGGAGCUGCCAGAUGUUCCAUUGUUUUUGUGCUUGCAUAACCUUUGCGGAACAUUGAAGUGCACAUCUCCGGCGGCUGUUAUAUUCAGAUCAGCUGUACUAAAUGCAGGGUAUCGCAUAUCAGGAACUCAUGCAAGUCCUCUGGGUCUUAAAACAGAUGCUCCUAUGAGUGUCAUUUGGGACAUCAUGCGCUGCUGGGUGAAAAACCAUCCAGUGAAACCGCAACCUGCCGAUCAGUCAGGAACCGUGAUACUUUCCAAGGAACCAGAAAUUCAGGCAAACUUUACCCGAGCAGUUGCCUCUCUUAGCAAGGCACAAGCGAAGAAAGUUGCUCGUUUUCUUCCGAAUCCAGAAAGGUAUUGGGGGCCUAAAGUCCGGGGAGGCCGCCAGAUUACCAGCAAACACGUAUCUCUUUUGGGUCCAGAGGCCAUCAACGGUUCUGCAAACCACGACGAAGAAGAAGGUGAAGAGUCUGAUGCUAAGCGUCAAAAGAUCGACAAUCAUACCUCUGAUUCACGAUAAUCCUCUUUAAUUAUGUUUUUAUGUACCUCAACAGGGGAUGAAGAUGAGGGACUGAUGGGAAGUCCAACGAUAUGAAGCCAUCCUGUUUUUUUUCCCUUAAUUAGGGUUCUAUGAUGUCCCAUUUUUGAGUUUGGUCUAUGUUCUAGAUUUUUACAUCCAUAUGUAAUUCAGUCUUUGUUUGCUUUCUAAUAUUUGGCAAUUUUGUGACUAAAAUUAUAUGAUUCUUUGUUAUUAACUCAAUUUCUUUAUAUUGAUUGAUCAGAGAAAAUUUUCGACA